GUUUGUUUAGUUGUGGUUGGGAGUUGAAAAUGGCAGCAGAGAUGGCGCUUGUGAAACCCAUGUCAAAGCUGAGCAGCACUCGUCAGUUUGGUAACCCCAAAAGGACGGCUCACUGGAAACCAAGGAGCAUUCAAAUGUCAGCAGCAAAAUCCAGCAAGAAAGGUGCCAUCAAAGAAACCCUGCUGGCACCCAGAUUCUACACCACUGAUUUCGACGAAAUGGAGACUCUUUUCAACUCCCAAAUCAACAAGAACCUGAACGAGAGCGAGUUUGAGGCGCUGCUCGAAGAGUUCAAGACGGACUACAACCAGAAACACUUUGUCAGGAACAAGGAGUUCAAGGAAGCAGCUGAUAAGAUGGAGGGCCCUUUGAGGGGUAUCUUUGUCGAGUUCUUGGAGAGGUCUUGCACUGCCGAGUUCUCCGGCUUCCUUCUCUACAAGGAGCUCGGAAGGAGGCUCAAGAAAACCAAUCCCGUUGUGGCCGAGAUUUUCUCUUUAAUGUCCAGGGAUGAAGCCAGGCAUGCUGGGUUCUUAAACAAGGGUCUCUCCGAUUUCAAUCUCGCUUUGGACUUGGGAUUCUUGACAAAGGCUCGCAAAUACACCUUCUUCAAGCCUAAGUUCAUUUUCUACGCCACUUACUUGUCCGAGAAAAUUGGAUACUGGAGAUACAUCUCCAUCUACAGACAUCUCAAGGCCAAUCCUGAGUACCAAUGCUAUCCCAUCUUCAAGUACUUUGAGAAUUGGUGCCAAGAUGAGAACAGGCACGGCGAUUUCUUCUCUGCUUUGAUGAAGGCUCAGCCUCAGUUCCUCAACGAUUGGAAGGCUAAGUUGUGGUCUCGUUUCUUCUGCUUAUCCGUGUAUGUCACCAUGUACCUUAACGAUUGCCAGCGAACUGCUUUCUACGAAGGCAUCGGAUUGAAUACCAAGGAGUAUGAUAUGCAUGUUAUUAUAGAGACCAACCGAACAACGGCUAGAAUAUUUCCUGCUGUGCUGGAUGUUGAGAACCCAGAGUUCAAGAGGAAGCUGGACCGGAUGGUGGAGAUUAACCAGAAGCUGAUUGCAGUUGGGCAGAGUGAAGAUAAUUCAUUUGUAAAGAACUUCAAGAGGAUCCCACUGGUUGCUGCAUUGCUUUCUGAAAUCUUGGCUGCCUAUCUCAUGCCACCCAUAGAAUCUGGAUCCGUCGAUUUUGCAGAAUUCGAACCCCGUCUUGUUUACUAAUAUUCUCUUCAUCUUCUAUGUAAUAUCACAUUAUCAAACAAUUGUAUCAACAGUGUUGCUUCAGAUCAUUGAUUUCUCUGUAACCUUUUACAUGUUUAUGCAAAAUGCUAUUUUCUUCUCA